GAUGCACGAUGUGUGGAGAUAAAUCGCGCGGGCGGCGUGCCCGAAAUUGAAGCCGCCCGAGAUCAAGAGCAAGGGAGUGCGGCGCACGGAUCGCCAGUCCGUUGCCCAUUGAGCGUCCUGCACAGCUUCCGGCCCAGUGCCACUCUCCAGCAUCGCCGCUCGGAAACCUUCGGACGUGCGUCCCAACGCGGCACGCGAUACAACCCCCACCGUUGUGGCCCUUGGUAGUGGGGGUACCGGGCGCAGCAUACAAAGAGCUUCACCACCGCCCGUUCGAAUCAUACCUUCGGUAGCCUUCAAUUCGAAAACGUGCUUCGUACUCUUUAUCCGCCACCGCACGCGUCUCCAUGGCUCUUGCUAUGCACACCAUGACCCUAGGACAACAGAACAAGAUGUACAGCGUGAUGCAGCCCCAACAGAACUGUGUUAUUGUGUCGGCGCCGCAGCAGAAGACCGUCAUCUCGGGCAAGAGGCCCUUGGCGCCGGCCCCUGAAAGGUCCACCGUCUUGGUACAGAACAACAACGAUUUACGUUGCAAGAGGAAAAUCCAAUUCGUUCCGUACGGCGCUCCGACACAGCAGCCCGCUUCGGUUGCCAGAAGAAACGCCCGCGAAAGAAAUCGUGUGAAACAAGUGAACAACGGAUUCGCAACCUUAAGGUCGCACAUCCCCGCAAGUGUUGCUCAGGCCUUGUCGCCGCAAAGUGCUUCGCAAGGAAGGGGUGCCUCCAAGAAACUGUCCAAAGUAGAAACUCUUCGCCUCGCAGUCGAAUACAUCAGAUCUCUUCAGCAAAUGAUCGACGAUCACGAAAGCGACCUGGGCAACGGAUCAGUAAUCAGUGAUAACUCCAGUGUAGACAACAGAUACUACACGUCCAGUCCGACUUCCACAACCUCGUCGCAAUUGUACAACAACUACCCUAUUUUACUGCCCACACCGACAUGCUCAGAAGCCUCAGCCUCACCCACACCCUCCCACAGUUCAGAAAGCUCAUUCUCCGCUCACUCGAGUUACACCAACACCUUAUACCACCAAACCGAGAACUACGAAAACUACGACCCAAAGAGUCCCGAAGACGAGGAACUCUUGGACGCGAUAUUCUCCUGGCAACAAGAAUAACAAAUUUCACGAUUUUGUCAUGACAAAAGAGGCCAGUUUGAAAAAUUAUAAUCAAAAAUGGAAAUCCUGCCCCUGCAAUCCAGUGCCUUCUAGAAGAGUCUAGUGAUAUCUACAAAAUAUUUUUUGAAGAUCUGUUUUUUAGAGUUUUUAUAUGAAGUUGUCUAGUCAUUGUUUGUACAUAAAAAAUGUAUAUAUUGUUUAUAUAGUUAAGAUUAUUAUAUUUUAGUGUUGUACAACAUUCCACAAUAGGUAUUGUUAAGUUUAGAUGUUUGCAAUACGAAACAAAUUACUCGCGCUAAAGUUAUUUUUUUACAAAAAAUAUCGUACUGAUUAUUAAAUUGUUUAUAUACUUUUAUACGAGUCUCUCAAUUUCCUUAGUUAGUAAACGUAAGUCCACAACUUACAAGAAACCAAUGCUGUUCCAUGACUUAAGUUAUUUGUAAAUAUAUUUUUAUAAACAUUGCAUUUUUUGCAAUAUUGUACUGAAAUAAACUAAG